AUGUUGCUGGCGCCCCAGGACAAGUCCUCCUCCAGGAAGAGGACGGGGCUGAAUCGCUGGAAACAGUUUACGAGGAAGCCGAAUCCCACCAAGCCUGUGUUUGACCCUGACAAUGUGGAACACUGGAUUAAGAGAGUGGAGAAAGCUUCUGAAUUUGCAGUUUCUCAAGUAUUUUCUGCUGGAAAUUCAAAUUUAUCCAGAAGGCUUUGGGGCCAACUUGUAGAUUUGGAAACACCUGAGCAAAUAGAAGAUCAUGAAGAAGUCUACACAGAAGCUCAGGAAUUGGUCAGUGACUGGUUAGACACCAAACUUAAGCAAGAACUAGCAAGUGAUGGGGACAGUGAUGCUAAAGACACUGUGUCCAGUGUCCCUCCUGUGCCAGAAGCCAAUGGACAUUUGAAAUAUGACAGGUUUGAUGAUUUAUGUGGUUAUUUGGAGGAAGAAGAUGAGAGUACCACUGUUCAAAAAUUCAUAGACCAUCUGCUCCAUAAAGAUGUGGUGGAUUCUGGGAUAUUGGAAGAUCUUGGAAUGAAUGAAAAGCAAGACAAGAAGUGGCAGAAGGAUCCUCGUCUUACGAUGGAGAUGAGACAUAAGCAGGUAAAAGAAAAUCGCUUAAGACGUGAGAAAGAACUGGAGCACCAGAGAAUUGAAAAGACCCUGAAAAAAUCGGCCUUCUUAGAGGCUCAGUAUCUGGUGCAAGAAGAGAAGAAAAGGAAGGCUCUAGAGGCCAAGAAAGAGGAGGAGGAGAUUCAAAGGGAGAUGGUAAAGCUGCGGAGGGAGAUAAUUGAGAGGCGACUUACAGUGGAAGAAGCAUGGAAAAUAGAGAAGAAGAAGCAAGAAAAUUCUCCAAAAAUUCCAGAGAAAGGCAUGUUUCAAAGUGUUCCUAUUCUUCUGGAUGAAGAAAAAAUGGCAAAAGAAAGAAAGAAGAAGCUGAGAGAGUUAUUAACACAAACUUUCAAGGAAAAUCACCAGUGUCAAAAACGGUAUUUCUCUGCCUGGCACGAGCUGAUUCUUGAUCAUAGGAUUAAGCUGGGGAAAGCUGGAACCCUGUCCGACUGGAAGUUGCAACUGAAGUUCCUGCGGGCCUGGAGAGACUACACGAGAUCUCAGAAGUUGGGGCGGGAGACUCAAGCCAUAGAAAAUUACCUUAGAGAAGAAAACAGAAAACAACAACUGGCCGCUGAGUAUAACCGGAAACAAGUUCUCCAACACCAUUUUACAGAAUGGCAGCGUUGGCAUCGUAUAGAGAUCCUAAAGAGAGAACUGGCCAUAACAAAGGAGGAAACCAGGAAGAAAAUGAAUGAGCUGCUGGAGGCAGCAUCACUAGGGAAACUCAGUGCAAACAUGUCAUCAAGCAUCAGUCUGCUUGAGGAGGCAACAGCUAUGGAGGAUCCACCUAGAAAUGGAGAGGUGGCUGCUGUCCCUGCUUUGUGGGAAAAGCCUCCCUCGGGGAGUAGUGGUUGUCUGCCCAGCUACUACCUAGGAAGACCAACAAAGAGCAUCUCGCAGGUUCCCCUCCAAAAGGCCCCUCCAGAUACGUCUGACAGUAAGCCACACAAAGGCCCAGGUGAUGAGCCCUCCCAACAGCCUGGUAACAAAAAGAAGUUCAAAACCAGCAGCCGGAAAGCAGAACCUGUUUGCAUGAGUCAUUUCUGCAACCGCCAUAUCUUCCAGCAGCAGCUGAUUGAAAAGCAGAAGAAGAAACUUCAGAAACAGCAGAAAACAAUUCUGGAGCUGAAGGAAAACCAGUGGCUGGCAGAGGCUCAGCGGGCAGCAGGGCUUACACACCCACAGAGCUGCCAGCUGUCAAACCCGGGAGAAGAUGAAUGGGAAGGAAUCUGUCAGGUGCUUCCAAAUUCACCUGUUGCUUCCCUUGGGACUGAAGGUAGUGACUCCCGAAAUUCUCUUUCUGGACCCAGAAGGAAUCCAAGGCAGUUGAUGGCGCCCCAUCCCAUACUGAAAGCCAUGGAAGAGAGAGCAGUUCAGCGAGCUGAACGUAGGCGGAUCUUGGCAGAGAAGAAGAAAAAACAAGAAGAGGAGAAAUUGGCCCAGUUAAAGGCCCAAGAGGAGGAGCGUCAGAAGAAGGAGGCAGAAGAAAAGGAGGCUCAGCUUGAGAAAAAAAGAGAAGAGAAGAGACUGAAGAAAAUGAAAGAACUAGAGAAGCAGAAGAGAAUUAAGAGGAACCAGCAGCUGGAAACAAUAGCCAAAGAACACUAUGAAAGCGUAUUGCUAAGAAAGAAAGGUCUGGAGCCUUGGAAGAGGCUAAGAAUGCAAAGCAUGCAAAACCUCCAGGUGGCCAAAGAGCAUCACUCUUUGACCCUACAGAGGAAAUGCCUGCUGACCUGGUUCCAGUGGAGUCAGGAAAGCCUGGCUAAGAAGAUGGCCCAGGCUGAUCAAUUUUAUUCACAAAUAUUGCUUAGGAGAGUCAUCCGGAGCUGGCUACAGCACCUGAUUGAUCUAGAUGAAGAAGUAAGAAAACUGUGCGUACAUUUUCUUCAGAAGAAGAUUUUCAGGGCCUGGAGUGACAUGGUCAGGGAAGCCAGGGUCGAUUCUAAGAACAAGCACAAGAUUGCUGUGGAGCACAGUGACAGAAGGAUUCUCUGGAUCAUGUUUCAGACAUGGAAGAAGUUUGCAAAAUUUACAAAAGAGGAAAAAGAAAAAGAAGAGAGGCGAGAGCAGCUCCGUAGAAAGGUAGCUGAAAUUCUCCCAGACUUUCAGAUGUUCACACUGCUGUGA